GUGACGGCCAGAGGUUUCGCUCCGCUGCUUCAGUUCGCCUACACGGCCAAGCUGGUGCUGAACAGAGAAAACAUCCACGAGGUCAUGCUGUGCGCCGACCUGCUCGGCGUGCACAACCUGGAAGACUCCUGCUUCCAGUUUCUUCAAGCCCAGCUGCAGAACGACGGGGCCAGCAACGGCCUGGUGGAGUACGAGGACGAGGACGCGGUCUUCUCUGAAGACGUUUGUCCCCCGGAGACGAAGCAGCGGCCCGGCCUGGCAGCUGACGCCGACCCGCGGCCUGAUGAUCGUCCCGAACCCUGGGAGUACCAGGUCUGUGAGGACAAACGCGGCGAGGAGACUCGACACGCCGACCCAACGCUGCUGGGCUCAGAACCAGAGGACGGCGGCGCUGCCUCGCAGACCCUCCUCACCCCCUCCAGGAUCAAAGAGGAGCCGUUUCCGUUUGAGGGCGCGGUGCACGACAGGAACGGCUCCAACCCGGAGUUUGGUAYGGAGGAGGUUCUGGAGAUGGAGCUGGAGGUGGAAGGAGUCCCCGUGUUGGCCCAGCCCUCUGCAGGCCAGGAGUUAGCCUCGUCCUGCUUGCGCUCGUACCUCCAGAGAGGCGGUCUGGAUCUCAGCAACAUGUCCAGCAGAACCAUUCAGGAGCUGCUCACCAACCAGCUGUGGAGCAAGGGGGAUGCUCUGAACCAGGCUGACCUCAAGACCAGCAACAGGGACAUGGACUGGUCCAAGACCUCCUCCUGCCAGCAGGAAGGGGAGCUGGACCGAUGCUCCGUCAUCUUCUCUGCAGCCGGUGACAGACAGCCGGCGGCUCGUCCUUACAUGGAGGACAAUAUCAAAAACAAAAACUCCACCCUGAUGCAGGAAGAGGCCCCGCCCUCCAGAUGCCCCGUCGCCGUUAACUCUCCAGCACYGUCUGAACCCAGAACCCAGUCUUCCAGCUCCUGCUCCUCCGUCUCUUAUCCAGAUGAAGUGGCCAAUGGCAGCUCUCUGUCCGGCCUGCCCUUUGACCUCUCCUCGUUCGCGCAGCCGCCUCGCAGCCUGGUUCAGAUGGUGGAGGCCCGGACCCCCCUGGGCAAGGAGCUGGUUUUCUCUCAGGACUGCGCCAAGAUCAAAAGCGAGGGCUUCGGUACCAGCGGCGGGAACUCCAGCGAUGAGUCGGGCUCGUUCUCAGAGGGCGACAGUGAAGGUGGCGCCAGAGUCUCUGGUCCUGAGGUGAAGCUGCCCUUCCCCGUGGAUCAGAUCACCAACCUGCCUCGCAACGACUUCCAGAUCCUCGUCAAGAUGCACAAACUGACCUCAGAGCAGCUGGAGUUCAUCCACGACAUCCGCCGGCGCAGCAAGAACCGCAUCGCCGCCCAGCGCUGCCGCAAGAGGAAGCUGGACUGCAUCCAGAACCUGGAGUGUGAGAUCCGGAAACUGGUGUCGGAGAAGGAGAAGCUGCUGAGCGAGCGGAACCAGCUGCAGCUCUGCAUGUCCGAGCUCUGGCAGAACCUGUCCUUCCUCUCGCAGCAGGUCUGCAGGGAGGUCCGGGACGGCCAGGCCCCGCACGUCUCCGCCAGCAUCGACCUGACGUCCGAGUCRCCGUCGGCCCGCCCGGACCAGAACUCUGUCCGAGCCGGAGGGGACUCUGAGCACCUGGGUCGAGGCGAGGCCGGCCCGGAUCUGGUUCUGGGGUCCGCUCGGAAAGCCCGCGGCCCCACAGUGACGACGGAUUUCUGUCAGGAAAUGACAGAGAAGUGCAGGACGGAGGAGCCGGGCUCGUCAGACCCGUCCUAAACCCGAACUGUUUGGGGUUCUGGAAACUUCUGAGUAUUUUCUCCUUUUUUAAUCACUGACACACUUUUUGAUUCAUCAGCAAUACUGGAGGACAGGAGAGCUUUGGACCAGGGCUUUUGGACUGGUCUUAGGUUUUGUACAGAUGUUUGUUUUUUGUAAAUCACCACCUCUGGCAGCUUCGUUUAGCUCGGACUUUUUCUUCUUUUAGCUCUGUCAUUUUCUACUUUUUAGUUGGGAACUUUUUUUCUUUUAUCUCGAAUGUUUUCUUCUUUUAUCUUGAAUGUUUUCUUCUUUUAUCUCAAAUGUUUUCUUCUUUUAUCUCGAUAGUUUUCUUCUUUAAUCUCAAAUGUUUUCUUCUUU